AUGGAGGAAAGCUCCUCAACCUUGUCGCGUACUCAUAGACACGCUGCGGCUUCUCUGUUUGCUCUCGCAUUUCACCGCUCUCAAAUUCAUCAAAUUCGCAUCUCUGGAAUUGCUUCUGUUUCAAAUAACCCCGAGCUUUGGAUUAAGCACAAUUCUGAUUUGCUUUGCCCAAUUUUUAGGUUCCUUGGAGUGGAUGAUCAGUCCUGGCAUGGCCUAGAGGCAACUGCCACUUCCUCUUCCCAACUCGGGCAUCACCUUGGAUCUUUCUUGCAAUUGCUGUCAGAGGAAGGUGAUGCUACUACUCCUGAAGGAUUGGAUAAAGAAUCCGCGUUGACCAAAGCCAUUGAUGCCUCGGCUAUGAGCAUGAACGAUACUACUCCUAUUGCCGAUUCUCCAAGUGGUGACCAUGGACUCAACACUAGAAGCCAAGAUGAUGUAUGUGAAAUUAUGGAGACCUCAGCUUUGCUGCCUCUAAAGAAACAACCUUCUAAUACACUAGAAAUUGCAAGGUUUGAACAACCUUUGGCGGAGGCGAACCUUAUCGGUUACGAGAAGAAAAUGGCAGUUCUUUACGCACUUGUUGCAGCUUGUGUAGCAGAUACUGACAAGUCAAGGCAGGGCUAUGAUGCUCGUCACCGUGUGGCUCUGCGGUUGCUUGCUGUAUGGCUUGAUGUCAAAUGGAAUGAAAUGGAAGCAAUGGAGUCUAUGGUUGCUUUUUCUGUAAUGAAUUCUGUGAAUAAAAAAGGUGCCAAGGAAGAAGAAUCUGUAGGUUCAGAAACCAGCUGGGAUAAAUGGAAGCGUGGAGGUAUCAUAGGAGCAGCUGCUGUAACUGGAGGAACCUUAAUGGCUAUAACUGGUGGCUUGGCUGCCCCGGCAAUUGCUCAUGGAUUGGGUGCUUUGGCUCCUACACUAGGCGGCAUUGUUCCUGCCAUUGGUGGUGGAUUUGCUGCUGCAGCAACCGCUACAGGAUCUGCUGUUGGAUCUGUGGCUGUUGCUGCAUCAUUUGGAGCUGCUGGAGCUGGCCUUACUGGGAGUAAGAUGGCUACAAGAAUUGGAAGUCUUGAGGAAUUUGAGUUAAAAGGUGUUGGAGGCAUUAAUGAAGGCCACCUAGCAGUUAGAAUCUCCAUUUCUGGGCUUGCAUUUAAGGAGAAAGAUUUUAUAGAACCUUGGGAAGGUCUCAAUGAUAACAUGGAGAGGUACGUGCUCCAAUACGAGUCUAAAAAUUUGAUUGCACUGAGCACAGCCAUCCAGGACUGGCUUACUUCACUAAUUGCAAUCCAGUUGAUGAAAGACGGUGCCAUGCUGACAGUAUUAAGCUCACUUCUGACAGCUCUAGCAUGGCCAGCAACUUUAGUUGCUUCAUUCGAUAUUAUUGACAGUAAAUGGGCAAUUGCAGUGGACAGAUCAGACAGGGCUGGUAAGGUGCUUGCUGAAGUGUUGUUGCACGGCUUGCAAGGAAACAGGCCUGUGACACUAGUAGGUUUUUCAUUGGGAGCCCGUGUUAUUUUCAAGUGUCUCCAAUGUUUGUCUGAAUCCAAAGGAGACAAUGCUGGAAUAGUGGAAAGGGUUGUUUUCCUUGGAGCUCCCAUCUCAAUUGGAGAGGAAAAUUGGGAGGCAGCUAGAAAGAUGGUGGCUGGAAGGUUUGUGAAUGCUUACUCUUCCAAUGAUUGGACGUUAGGCAUAACUUUCCGUGCCAGUUUACUCUCUCAUGGAUUAGCUGGAAUCCAACCUGUUGAUGUUCCUGGGGUUGAGAAUGUUGAUGUGACACAACUUAUAGAAGGUCACUCUUCCUACUUGCGGAUGACACAAAAAAUACUGGAGCAGCUUGAAUUGGACAACUGUUGUGCUGUUUUCAAAAGUGGACAAGAAAAUCCACAGGAAGAAAAGAGUUAGAUUAAAGUAGUUAUGAAUUGUAACUGUCAUAACAACAUAUUCGAUAGGCUGCCAUGUGAAGGGUAGUUAACAA